AUGUUGCUUAUUUCAAAUCAGGUAGAAAGAGAAGAAGAUGAACACAUUCAUUAUGGCAACUUCAAGGCGUUUUCGAACUACACUUUGAAUACCUCCAGAGUUUUGGCUUCUUUUGAAGUUCAAGAUUUUUUCGAUUGUGCAUUUAAGUGCAUCGGUAAAGCGGCGUGUUUCUCAUUCAACAUCGCCAUUUUGCCAUCUGCGAAUUUCUAUAGCUAUGCAUGUCACCUACUGGCCUCAGACAAGUACAACGAUUCCAGUCAAUUUUUACAGAGUCAGGAAUUCCAUCAUUUUGCUAUUGUGGUAAGUUUUAAUUGA